GCAUGUCCUGACUUACAGAACAAUGGCAACUUGGGGAGGUUCUACUCAGUGUGCACUGGAUGAAGAAGGAGAUGAAGAUGGUUACCUUUCUGAAGGAGUUGUUCGGACGGAUGAAGAGGAGGAGGAAGAAGAGCAAGAUGCCAGUUCCAAUGAUAACUUUUCUAUGUAUCCUCCUAACAGUGUGAAUCAUAACUCUUACAACGUAAAAGAAACUAAGAAUAGGUGGAAGAACAAUUGGCCUUUUUCAGCAGAUGGAAAUUACCGUCCUUUAGCCAAGACAAGACAGCAGAAUAUCAGCAUGCAGCGUCAGGAGAACCUUCGUUGGGUGUCAGAACUCUCUUAUGUAGAGGAGAAAGAACAAUGGCAAGAACAAAUUAAUCAGCUAAAGAAACAACUUGAUUUCAGUGUCAACAUUUGUCAGACUUUGAUGCAAGACCAGCAGACGCUCUCUUGUCUGCUGCAAACUCUUCUUACGGGUCCUUACAGCGUUAUGCCGAGCAAUGUUGCGUCGCCUCAAGUACACUUCAUAAUGCACCAGUUGAACCAGUGCUACACUCAGCUAACCUGGCAACAGAAUAAUGUGCAAAGGUUGAAACAAAUGCUAAAUGAACUUAUGCGCCAGCAAAAUCACCCAGAAAAACCUGGAAGCAAGGAAAGAGGCAGCAGUGCAUCACACCCUUCUUCUCCCAGUUUAUUUUGUCCUUUCAGCUUUCCAUCACAGCCUGUAAAUCUGUUUAACCUACCCGGGUUUACUAAUAUUUCAUCAUUUGCACCAGGUAUGAAUUUCAGCCCUUUAUUUCCUUCUAAUUUUGGAGAUUUUUCUCAGAAUAUUUCUACACCCACUGAACAGCAGCAACCAUUAGCACAGAAUUCUUCAGGGAAAACAGAAUAUAUGGCUUUUCCAAAACCUUUUGAAAGCAGUUCUUCUAUUGGAGCAGAAAAACAAAGGAAUCAAAAACAGCCCGAAGAGGAGGUGGAAAACAGUAGGACACCGUGGUUAUAUGACCAAGAAGGUGACGUAGAAAAACCAUUUACCAAGACUGGAUUUCCAGUGUCUGUAGAGAAAAUUGCAAAUAGUAAUCGCAAAAAUCAAUUAGAUACUAGCCGGAGAAGACACCAGUUUGAUGAAGAGUCAUUAGAAAGCUUUAGUAGUAUGCCUGAUCCAAUGGAUCCAACAACAGUAACCAAAACAUUCAAGACAAGGAAAGCAUCUGCACAGGCCAGCCUGGCAUCUAAAGAUAAAACUCCUAAGUCAAAGAGUAAGAAAAGGCAUUCUACUCAGCUGAAAAGCAGAGUUAAAAAUAUUGGGUAUGAAAGUGCCAGUAUGUCUAGCACAUGUGAACCUUGCAAAAGUAGGAACAGACAUUCAGCCCAGACUGAAGAGCCUGUUCAAGCAAAAGUAUGCAGCAGAAAGAAUCAUGAGCAGCUGGAAAAAAUAAUAAAAUAUAGUAGGUCUACAGAAAUAUCUUCAGCACAUGCUAGGAGAAUACUUCAGCAGUCUAACAGAAAUGCAUGCAAUGAAGCACCAGAAACCGGGAGUGAUUUUUCCAUGUUCGAAGCUUUGCGAGAUACUAUAUAUUCUGAAGUAGCUACAUUAAUUUCUCAAAACGAAUCUCGUCCACAUUUUCUUAUUGAACUCUUCCAUGAACUUCAGCUACUUAAUACAGACUACUUGAGACAAAGGGCUUUAUAUGCAUUACAGGACAUAGUAUCCAGACAUAUUUCUGAGAACCAUGAAAAAGAAGGAGAAAAUGUAAAGUCAGUAAAUUCUGGUACUUGGAUAGCAUCAAACUCAGAACUUACCCCCAGUGAAAGCCUUGCUACCACUGAUGAUGAAACUUUUGAGAAGAACUUUGAGAGAGAAACACAUAAAAUAAGUGAGCAAAAUGAUGCUGAUAAUGCUAGCGUCAUGUCUGUAUCUUCAAAUUUUGAGCCUUUUGCAACAGAUGAUCUAGGUAACACUGUGAUUCACUUAGAUCAGGCUUUAGCCAGAAUGAGGGAAUACGAGCGUAUGAAGACUGAGGCUGAAAGUAGCCCAAACAGAAGAUGCACCUGCAGGAUUCUUGAUAAGGAUGGUGCUGCCGCCAGGAGUACGGUUACUAACUCAGAAGAAACUCCUAUUGAAAAUCAUGGUUCACAACAACCUGUAAGCGAAGUUUCUACUGUCCCAUGUCCUAGAAUUGAUACUCAGCAGCUGGACCGGCAAAUUAAAGCCAUUAUGAAAGAAGUCAUUCCUUUUUUGAAGGAGCACAUGGAUGAAGUAUGCUCUUCUCAACUUCUAACUUCAGUAAGACGUAUGGUUUUGACUCUCACCCAGCAAAAUGAUGAGAGCAAAGAAUUUGUAAAGUUCUUUCAUAAACAAUUGGGAAGUAUAUUACAGGAUUCACUGGCAAAAUUUGCUGGCAGAAAACUGAAAGACUGUGGAGAAGAUCUUCUCGUAGAGAUAUCUGAAGUGUUGUUUAAUGAAUUGGCUUUCUUCAAGCUCAUGCAAGAUUUGGAUAACAAUAGUAUAACUGUCAAACAGAGGUGCAAAAGGAAAAUAGAAGCAGCUGGAGUGAUACAGUCCUAUGCCAAAGAGGCCAAAAGGAUUCUUGAAGGAGAUCAUGGCUCACCUGUUGGAGAAAUUGAUGAUGAAGACAAAGACAAGGAUGAAACUGAAACAGUUAAGCAGACUCAGACAUCUGAGAUGUAUGUUGAUGACGGUCCCAAAAAUGUGAGAUCGGAUGUUUCUGAUCAAGAGGAAGAUGAAGAAAGUGAAGAAUGUCCGGUGUCUAUUAACUUGUCCAAAGCUGAAACUCAGGCUUUGACUAAUUAUGGAAGUGGAGAAGAUGAGAAUGAGGAUGAAGAAAUAGAAGAAUUUGAAGAGGGACCUGUGGACGUCCAGACUUCACUUCAGGCUAACACCGAAGCUAUAGAAGAAACUGAACACGAUGAUCAGGUACUACAACAUGGCUUUGAAAAAUCAGGAGAAAGCAAAAAUUUCUCAUCAGAACAAGAACCCACUACUAGUAAAGAUGACCAAGAUAGCACUCCCGUGAAACCCUCUUACCUCAAUAUCUUGGAAAACGAGCAACCUUUAAAUAGCGCUGUCCAGAAGGACUCUCUCACUACCAUUGAUUCAUCUAAACAGCCUAACCCUUUGCCUUUACCUUUAACUGAAAUUGAAACCUUGGUGCCUACAGUCAAAGAAGUUAAAUCUGCUCAGGAAACUCCUGAGAGCUCUCUGGCUGGAAGUCCUGAUACUGAAUCUCCGGUGUUAGUGAAUGACUAUGAAGCAGAAUCUGGUAACAUAAGUCAAAAAUCUGAUGAAGAAGACUUUGUGAAAGUUGAAGAUUUACCACUUAAACUGACAAUAUAUUCAGAGGCAGAUCUAAGAAAGAAAAUGGUAGAAGAAGAACAGAAAAACCAUUUAUCUGGUGAAAUACUAUGUGAAAUGCAGGUUGAAGAAUUAACAGUCCCCAACCUAAUGAUGGCUGGAAUUACGAUUUUUCAACUCGAUGGUGUGAAAGUAGUAGAGGCAUAG